UUAAAUCUCUAACCGGAAUGAGACUUUUUUUUCCUUUUUCUUUUUGUUUUCUGUAUGGUUGAUCAUGCAAAUGCAGAACAGAUUGAGGAGUUCUCCUUUUGUAUGUUUCCUUUUGCUUUGAAGGGACUAUUUUAGUUUGAAGAAUUCACUUGGAGCCAUUUAUUAAGAACGCUGGAUUUGAUUGUAAGCAACCAGAUCACACCAUAGCCUACAAAGAGAUGCAUUCAGUGUGGAAUUCUGUCCUUCCCUGGGUCUUGUUGUGUUUGUUUAGCUCAAUAAGAACAGCAAAUAACUCGCCCAAAAUAACCAUCGCUGAGGUAAAAACUGCAAAAAAAAUUGAGGGAUCAUGUGUCACAAUUCAAUGCAAAUAUAGCCAUAAGGAUGGAAUGAAACUGUUGUGGAUUAAAGAUCCUGAGUGGAAUGAAACGAGAAAGAGAUUUGAUGGAAUGGUUGUAUACAGUAAUACAGAGGAGCGGCGACAGCUCCCUGAGUACUCUGACAGAGUGGAAUUUCUUCAUACCGAAAGUCAUUGGGCUGAAUGCACAUUAAAAAUUAAUGAUCUUAAAAAGAACGACACUGGAAAGUAUGCAUUCAGAUUCCUACUUGAUGAUCACAAAUAUUUAAGUGAGAAAUUUGAGCUUACAGUCAAUGACAAUCCCUGCAAGGUCCACAUUAAGCCACCAUAUUUGAAGUCAUUCAAAGAAGGAGACAAUGUAAGUUUUUCCUGUGCAACAUCAAAAACCUGUAAGCUUUAUCCUGAAUGGCUGCCAGCAAACGCGCAUCUCAAAAUAGAGAAGAAAGAAAAUGAAGAAAAAUGCAAUAAGGUGACGUUGAUGGUGAGCUGGAGAGAUGAUGGGAGAAUUUUGACAUGUCGUCCUUCUGAAAACUGGGAUGACUGCCUCGAAAAGAAGGUUACACUGAGAGUGGAAUAUGCACCCAAAGAAACAAGCCUGAGUGAGUUUUCAAGCUCUAAGGACGUGAAAGAAGGAGAACACGUGACAAUUUCCUGCUCCAGCAAGGCUAACCCGACGCCUAACUUCAAAUGGUUUAAAAAUGACAGCUUGAUUUACCAGCAUGGAGAAAAGCUUACUUUACAUGAUAUGACACCAGAAAAAGGAGGCAGAUUCUACUGCCAGGCUGAAAAUACUCAUGGAAUAAAAAAUUCACGUGGCAUAAAUAUCAAUGUUAUUUAUGUUCCAAAAGGUGUUCACGUCAGUCCUGAAUCCAUUGAACUCAAAGAGGGAGAACAGCUUACACUCACAUGCUUGGUGAAAAGCAGCAAUCCAGAAGUCGGAGAGUAUUCCUACAAAUGGUACAGAAAUGACCAAGAGAUUCAUGAAAAAACAAUGAAGACAUUCACUGAGAUGUCUGUAGCACGAUCUGAUCAUGGACAUUAUCAAUGUCAGGCAAGAAAUUCAGUAGGAGAGACCACGUCUACCAACACUGCCCAUGUAAUUGUGAAGUAUGCUCCACAAAAAACAAGCAUUGAUGGCACAAGUAAACUAAAGUUGGGUCUUACCCUUCAGCUCGAAUGUAUUACUGAGGCUUAUCCUGUUGCCAACACUUAUUCCUGGUAUUUUAAACCAGAACAUGAACAGCAGUUUCUCUGCCUUUCAAACACUGAUAAGGUGUACAGGAUUGAGAAAGUGGCUGUUCAUAACGCUGGGUUGUACAAGUGCAGUGCUGAGAAUGCUAUAGGUUUCGGAACAAACUCUACUGAACUAAAUGUUCUUGUGUCUUACCCUCCCACAAAACCAAAUCUGACCAUGAAAGAAGUUGUAAAGGAAGCAGAAUCGUAUACUAUCACAUGUACUGUAGAAAGCUCACCUCAGGCAGAGCUCACACUAACCAGAUCCUUUCUGACAAAUGCAGAAAAACAGGAAAUAGAAUUAAAGACGGUUCAGAACAACUAUCUCAGUUUUACUGCCAAUGCAUCAGAUGCAGAUGCAGGUUUGUACACCUGCAAAGCACAUAACACAGAGGGAGAAAACUAUUCAGAAAAUAACCUGACGGUUUGGUAUGCCCCUAAAAAUGUUAAAACAUCAGCACAUCCUGGUAAAGCGCUAAAGGAGGGGUCUACGCUGACACUCACCUGUGAAGCUGUUUCUGUGCCCCCAGUGUCUGAAUACACAUGGAUGAAAUCAUCAGUGACAGUGGGACAUGGACAGACAUUAACAUUCCAUUUCCUCAAUAGCUCUGACUCUGCCUCCUACCACUGUAUCUCCAUCAAUAAAAUGGGCACUGCUAGGUCGUCACCAAUAAAUAUCACAGUCAAGUAUCACCCCAUUAUAACAAUUCUCCAUAACAUGACAUCACUGGGUCUGUGGCAAAAGGAGGUUCCAGUGCACCUGAGUUGCAGUGUUCAGUGUUAUCCUCCAGCCACUUGGUUUGCAUGGUACAAGUCUGAGGAAAACACCACUGUUUUGUCAAAUGGUCAGAACUACACAGUUCAACCACAAAACUCAGGAACGUACUACUGCCGUGCAAGAAAUGAAAUGGGGGAAUCAAAAUCUGAACCAAUCGAAAUCUAUCUUAAUUCUUUCAUCAUUAAACGGCUCGUUCAGGUCAUCAUCUGCUUAUUGAUCAUCAUCUUUCUGAUUGUUGCCUUAAUUCUGCUACAGAGAAUUGUCCUGAGAAAAAGAUCUUCAGGGAAAAAUGAGGCACCCCAACAGCCUUCUUUCUUCUCAGUAGCUCCAUUAUGGCCUUCGUUUAACUUGCGCACACUGGGCUCACAUAACAUUACGGAGACCCUGGUGAUGGAGGAAACUACGGAUGUCUCUGGCUUCAGAGACAACCAUUCAGCCACUGCUGUUUACCAAAUUCCUCCAGCCAACAGGAACAAACAAGCAGGAAGGCCAAAUUCUAACAUUCACACAGUGUACAAUGCUAUAACAUUGGUACCGUCCAUGCCCAAACAGCAUCAUCAUCAUCAUACAGAAGAGGACGUAACCAUGUCCACUGUGAACUAUGCUAUGCUACAGUUCACAGACCGUAACAAUCCAAAUAAAAGUGUACCAAGCUGUGACAGUCAUGGCCCAGUUUAUGCUGAAGUUUCAAAAAAUAAACAAAUGAGAAAGGAACGACAAAGUGGUCAUGAAUAUUAUGAAAAUGUUUCUGGCAUGUGUGAGCCAAAGCGGCAAUUUCCAAACAUAAACUGGGACUCGGACAGCAGUGAGUCAGAAGAAGAAGAAGAAGAAGAGUUGAAUUACACAAAAGUGUCGUUCACUGCAACAUCACAACACAAUCCACAGAAGGCUAUAAUUUCAGAUGAAGAUAAAACUGAAUACUCUGAGGUCAAAAUUUAGGAUAAAAACAUUUAUGUAUAUGCGUCAGUAUAAAGCUUCCAGUACAUUAUGCAGUAAGUUGCUAUUAAACAUGGCUCUCAAAUGAUUUUGCUAAAUUUGAGCAUGGUUCUGAUAUGGGGGAAUCUGGGAACACCCAUUUCAUGUACUGUAACUGUUGUGGAAUAUGCUAUUUCUGAAUGUACCUUAAUUGAACAUAAUGAUUUUAACUGUAAGAAAAUACAAAUAUAGUACUUUACCAUAAUGGCAUAGAAAUAUUUUUUAGACUACUUUUCUAACCUUGCAUUGGGUGUCUGUCUGUAGAUAUCACGUUGUGGAUGGAAACUGUUUAACACACACAACAGUCUGUCUAGACAUCCAAAUCUUUGCUAGCUAAUUGUGAUUUCCUCGCACAGCAUCAACAACAAUCAUGUUUUGAUUGUUGGAUAGCUACAUUCCAUAACGAAAUGGACAACUUUUUUUUUAAAAGCUAGUUUUACUUGAGAUUAAGAUGUGCAAAUAAGAUGCCAGUUUCAUUGACUUUUUUUUUCCAUUUAACUGGGCCUAAAUAAAAAUUGAGUGGUCCUCGCCAACUUCAAUAAUCAAACAGAUAAUUUCAGUGAUGAUGACGAAAACAGAUUUCAAUAUAUUGUCACCCCCCC